AUGCGCGUCCUAGUCCUCGGAGCAAUAGGCAAUCUAGGCUCCCGCCUCCUCACCACUCUAGCACAAAGAGGCCACACCGUCGUCGCAUUCGCAAGGACCCCCUCAAAACUCACCCCUAACGCAAAUCAACAAUCCCUCCUAAUAGAAAAAGGAGACGCAACCAAAGCCGCCGAUAUCAAAGACGCCGCGACUCGCCACAACUGCGAUGCAAUCAUCAACGCUGCAGGUCAUGCUGCAAUGGCACCCUGGCGUACGAGUGACUUCCCAGCCAUCGUGAACGCGGUUAUCCAGGCUGCACUGGAACUUGGAAGAGAGCGUGGUACGUCGAUGAGGGUGUGGUUUCUUGGUGGCGUGGGUAUUUUGGAUGUACCCACGAGAAAGAAGAUGAUUGUGGAGUAUAUGCCUAUGUUUAAAGAACAUGCCUCUACAUGGGCCAAGCUCCGAGCCCUCCCUCCCUCCGCUAUUGCAUGGUCGAUCCUGUGUCCGGGGAUGAUGGUCCCUCUCACCAAGAACAAAGACUCUACUCUUCCCGAGUCCUCCACCGAGAAUAUCUCAGCUGAGAAAACCGUUGCACCCGAGUGGUCGGCGAAAUUCCUUCGAAUCCCGUUUAUCGGGCCGUAUCUCAAUAUCAUGAGUCAGAUUUCGGCUUAUACGACGAGUUAUGAGGAUAAUGCGGAUUUUAUAGCGAGGGAUCUUUGUAUGGGGAUUGAUAGUGAAUGGGUGUUGCAGAAGGUUGGCGUUAAGAGGAGAUAG